CAAUCAUCAAGCUCACCCUCGGAGUUUUCGACCCUUUCCGAAACAAACAUACGUUUGCUUACAGACGAAACGAAACAAAACAAAACAAACUGAAAUUUCUCCCUCAAAUUCAGACAAAUCUCUUCAUCACCAUCAUCAUUACUAUGUAAUCCUUCAAUCCAUAACAAAGACACUUCUCUAAAAUGGCUUCUACUUCAAUCAUGGACACCCUUUUCCAGCGCAAUCUCGAUGACUUAAUCAAGGGCUUCCGCCAACACCAAGUUAAAGAAUCUGUAUUCAUCGCCAAAGCCCUCGAAGAGAUUCGUCGCGAGAUCAAAUCAACCGACCUUCACACCAAAUCCGCUGCUCUUCAUAAACUCUCCUAUCUCAACUCUCUCCACGGCAUCGACAUGUCGUUCGCUUCGUUUCACGCCAUUGAAGUCAUGUCGUCCCCGCAAUUCCUCCACAAGAAAAUUGGCUACCACGCCGUCACUCAAUCGUUCCACGAAGACACCCCGGUAAUGCUCUUGAUUACCAACCAAUUACGUAAAGAUCUGAAUAGUCAUAAUCAGUAUGAAGUCAGUUUAGCUCUUGAAUGUUUAGCGAGAAUUGGGAAUAUUGAUCUUUGUAGAGAUUUAACUCCUGAAGUUUUUACUUUGUUGUCUAGUAGUAAAGCUUUUGUUAAGAAGAAAGCUGUGGCAGUUGUUUUGAGGGUUUUUGAGAAAUACCCAGAUGCGGUUAGGGUUUGUUUUAAGCGUUUAGUUGAGAAUUUAGAGAGUUCGGAUCCGUUUAUUGUGUCUGCUGUUAUUGGAGUGUUUUGUGAGCUUAGUUUGAAAGACCCCAGAUCUUAUUUACCAUUGGCGCCGGAGUUUUAUAAGAUUUUAGUUGAUUCGAAGAAUAAUUGGUUGUUGAUUAAGGUGUUGAAGAUAUUUACUAAGUUGGCACAGUUAGAGCCUAGGUUGGCGAAGAGGGUUGUUGAGCCAAUAUGUGAGCAUAUGAGGAGGACUGGCGCGAAGUCUUUGCUGUUUGAGUGUAUUAGGACUGUGGUGAGUAGUUUGAGUGAGUAUGAAUCCGCAGUGAAGCUUGCAGUUGCUAAGGUUCGGGAGUUUUUGGUUGAUGAUGAUCCAAAUUUGAAGUAUCUUGGAUUGCAAGCACUUUCAACUAUUGCACCAAAACACUUGUGGGCAGUGUUGGAGAAUAAGGAUUUUGUGGUUAAGUCCUUGAGUGACGGGGAUUUUAAUAUAAAGCUUGAGUCUUUGCGUCUUCUGAUGGCAAUGGUGUCUGAGAACAAUGUAAUUGAAAUAACAAGGGUUUUAGUUAAUUAUGCACUUAAAUCUGAUCCUGAAUUUUGUAAUGAGAUUCUUGGUUCAAUUUUAUCUACUUGUUCUAGAAAUUUAUAUGAGGUAAUUGUUGACUUUGAUUGGUUUGCAUCACUUCUUGGGGAAAUGGCAAGAAUCCCACAUUGCCAAAAGGGUGAAGAAAUCGAGAAUCAGCUAAUUGAUAUUGGUAUGAGGGUCAAGGAUGUUAGACCAGAGCUUGUUAGUGUCAGUCGAGAUCUUCUGAUUGAUCCUGCAUUACUUGGUAAUCCUUUCUUACAUCGGAUAUUAUCAGCUGCUGCUUGGCUGUCGGGCGAGUAUGUUGAGUUCUCUAGGAAUCCAUUUGAGCUUAUGGAGGCAUUAUUGCAACCUCGUACUACUCUCUUGCCGCCCUCUAUAAGGGCAGUGUAUGUUCAGUCUGCUUUUAAAGUAUUAAUCUUUUGUAUACACUCUUAUCUCAUAAGCAGGGGAAAUGGUGCUUCCUCCUCGUGUCCUGAGAAUCUGUCAUCAGGAAUUGCAGGAACAAUCUCUGUAAGGAAGUUCCCUGAAAAUUCAGGUUUAGCAACAUUAGAAUCUCCCGCCCAUUAUGAAGAGGAUGAAGAGUUUGAUCCGAGGGAUAUAACUCAACCAUUUGAAGAUCUUUCUAUAGAAAAUGGAAGGGAUGCAACUUUUUCUAUUGGUCAGGCAUCUACUUCUGCUUCUCUACCCAAGAACAUUUUCACCCAAGAAUCUAUUGUUAACCUGUUAAAUCUAGUUGAAUUGGCCUUAGGGCCACUCUCCGUGAACCAUGAUGUAGAAAUACAAGAGAGAGCAGGGAAUGUACUUGGUUUAAUUGACUUGAUAAAGCAUGAAGUACUUAAUCCAAUAGUCCAAGGAGAAGAGAUUUUGGCAAGGGAAGAAACUGUAGCCUCUAGUGUAGUGAAGUUGAUGUAUGAUGCCUUUUCCAAGGAGCUUGGCCCAGUCUCAUCCAGUGCUCAGGCAAGGGUUCCUGUACCAGAGGGGUUAAUGCUUAAUGAAGAUCUUGCAGACUUGGAAAUGGUCUGUGGCGAUGUUCAAUCACCUUUGUCAAGUUCAUUUUCUCUUGACAGUGCUCAAUAUGGGGAAAUCCUUGGUGUUUCCCCAUCUAACAUCCAGAGCAAAGAUGAGUCGGAACCAUCAAACGAGUCCACUUCUCUGCUUGCAGAACACCGUAAGCGGCAUGGCUUAUAUUAUCUUUCUUCAGAAAAGACUGAGACUGUAUCAAAUGAUUAUCCUCCUGCAAACGACCCAAUGUCACAGGAUAAACUCAAUGACGAUGCUGAUGAUCUAGUUAAGUUCACAGAGCAGUCAUUGGCCCCAAAGAAAAAGCCUAACCAUGCAAAGCCUAGGCCAGUGGUGCUAAAAUUAGAUGGAGAUGAGAUAUCCAUAGCAGCCAAGAAGCCUGAGCUGAUGGGUGAUUUACUGUCUGGUGCGGUGCGGGAUGUUCUUUUAGGUAAUGAAGCUGUACCUGCUUCAUCACUAACUAACCAGUCUGAUAAGCCAUCUAGCAGGAGAAAAGGGAAGGAGAAGAAUAUUGAUCUUCCUCUAGAAUCAGAGAAUAUUGGUGGUGAGGAGAUGGCUGGUCAGGGCAAUACUAGCUCAAGAAGAAGCAAACACCACAGAAGUCAUGGUAAAGAGAGAAGACACAAAGUUUCAGAGAAGAAUGUUGAGGGAAAAGAAGAUAAUGUUCAGAAAGAAAAGAAGAAGAGUAAUCAUAGCCAUCAUAGGCAUAAAGCUCGACAAAAAGCUGAUGAGCCCUUAAAUGUGGUUACACAAACAGCAGUGGUUCCUGAUUUUCUUUUGUAGCACUAAAUUUUCAGCUACUGCUGCAGAGAACUUGGUCAAUGUUGUUUCCUGUAUUCUAACACUAUUGAGUUCUAAGGUUAGUGUUGCUGUAGAUUUAUACAAUUUUUUUUGUCUUUCUUUCUUUUUGGUUGGGGGUUGUGAUUUUCUUGAAGAUUUACCUCUGGAAUUGGUUUUACAUCUUAUACUUUGUGACUUUCAUUUAUGAAGUAAAAAUUUUCAAUGAUUGAAAAUGAUUUGCCUUCUAAACUGCUUCUAAGAUGGAUAUGAUCCCAUAGUCUCUGUGUAAUACCUUCCCUUUUGAUGAUGUUUUAACACUGAUAACGAAGCUAACAAUGAGUAGUCUGAGUUUUUGGUUGAGGUAGAGCUUAUUUUUCUCUAUUGCUUCUAUGUUCAUGUUGGACAAGUGACCUUU